CAACAACUUGGCUAAGCAAAGAUGGCGGAGAACAACCAAGCUUCAGUUUCUGAUAUUCACAAAAAGAUCACGGCAGCUUUUGAAGCAUUUGACUACGAAUCUAACAACACCGUGGACGUCCGAGAGAUUGACACCAUUAUCUGUUCACUAGGCUGCUUCCCCUCUCAGACAGACCUACAUGAGCUCAUAGCUAAGGUGGAAGAGGACCAAUCAGGAUAUGUUCAUUUGGAAAAGUUCCUCCCAGUCAUGACCAAAGUGCUGAUGGAGCAGAAGUUUCCUCCCAUCCCUGAGGAUCGUCUGCUUCAGGCCUUUCUGGUUCUGGACAAGGAAAAUAAAGGAUACCUGGAGGCUGAAGAGCUGACGAAGUACAUGACACAAGAAGGUGAGCCUUUCACUCAGGAGGAGAUGGACGAGAUGCUGAUAGCACUCACUGAUCAUGUGAGCAACCGAAUCUAUUACAAAGAGAUAUUCAGCCAACUAACCCUUGACGUCAACAUGUAGGCAAUGUCAGCGUCCGUCAGCAUAACCUCUGACAUCACAAAGGCAAUUUUUGUGUUUGUGAAAAAUGGUCCUAAAAAAUACAUUUACAUAGCUAAACAGCUGUUUUGCAGGUUUGGAAAUGUGCUUUCAUACUUGAAAAGAAAGUUGUAUUUAAGGAUAGCUUUUUGCAAUCCCAAACCCAGAAAGUGGUCUAACAAAAGAUGAUAAUGAAACAUGCUGGGCCUUAAAAUAAUACAGGCUCCUUGCAAUCUCAGCAUUUGACUUGCAGUAUGUGGAAUUUUGUAGGCUUGUUUUACAAGGAAAAUGCCCAGUUUUAAUCCUGUGUACUAAAGAUAUAUACUGUGCAGAUGCAUGCAGCAGUAACAGAUUAAGAUCUUUAUGAGAUUUCAAAUAAUUUGUUAGAAGCCCACUUAAGCUGCAGACACAAGCAUGCGACUGCAAAACUUCAAAGUUCAAAGUUAUCUGACAUUUACUAACAGCAUGAGUGGAUGCAGCCCACAAAUAAAGUUGGUCAAUUUAAUAAUAUAAAAAAAAAAGAAAAAGAAAAAGAAAAGCUCCAUAUGAAAUGACAUACAAUGAGGAACAUGCAUUGGUGUGUUAUUUUGUGAAAAAGAAGUUGUGAUGUUUGAUACAUUGCCUGGAAAUUUAGCUUUAUAUCCAGCGAAACAUCUUAUAUUUUGAUAUAUUAUUUAAAAUGCAGUUUGUAAAGUUAUAAAUAUUGAUAACAACUGACUCCCUGUAAAAUAAAUAAAAAA